CACUCACUCACUCACUCACCAGUCUCAGCCGGGCGGGUGGCGCACCGAUGCACCGCUCCACACACACUCUCCGCUUCUCACAUCCAUUCAGCUCGAUUCAGCCUCGUUGUCCGAAGAUGACCGUGACUAUUACGGGGCUAUCCACGAGCCUAACCUCCUCCAACCGCGGAGAGUAGAUCCGGAGCCGAGGAGAGAGAGAGUUAACCCCACAUCUCUCUCGUCUCUCCCCAUCAUCUGCCUCAAUCCUCUGGGCAGCAAAACCGACAGCUUCUGCUGAAAUCUAGCUCUCACCCACAAACACUCUCCUGCUUUUAGCUCUCAAGACGUGUUUCUUCGGGAUAUUGUGGAAGUAAUUCAACACCAGGAUUUUUUUUUUUGCUCUGUAUUCGCUGAAGAUGGAUAAUAUAAACGUGGAGUCUGUGGAGAAGGAGUGCGGGGCUCUUGGUGGAUUAUUCCAGGCGAUUGUCAAUGAUAUGAAGUGUUCAUAUCCUGUCUGGGAAGACUUCAGUGCCAAGGCCACCAAGCUGCACUCUCAACUCCGAACCACCGUGCUAGCAGCAGUGGCCUUUCUGGAUGCCUUUCAGAAGGUGGCGGACAUGGCAACCAACACAAGAGGUGCCACCAGGGAUAUCGGAUCAGCGCUGACCCGCAUGUGUAUGAGGCAUCGCAGCAUUGAGGCGAAACUACGCCAUUUUACUAAUGCUUUGAUGGAGAGCCUGAUCACUCCUCUACAAGACCGCAUUGAAGACUGGAAGAAGACAGCAAAUCAACUGGACAAGGACCAUGCCAAAGAGUACAAACGGUCUCGUCAUGAAAUAAAGAAAAAAUCUUCAGACACCAUGAAAUUACAGAAAAAAGCCAGGAAAGAGCUACAGGGCCGGGGGGACCUUCAGCCUCAGCUGGACAGUGCCAUGCAGGAUGUGAAUGACAUGUACCUGCUGAUGGAGGAGACAGAGAAGCAGGCGGUGCGGCGAGCUCUAGUGGAGGAGAGAGGACGCUUCUGUACCUUCAUCGGCUUCCUACAGCCUGUAGUGAAUGGAGAGAUUGCCAUGUUGGGAGAGAUCACUCAUCUCCAGGCCAUUAUUGAUGACCUCACCGUGUUAACCACAGACCCCCACAAACUGCCCCCAGCCAGCGAGCAGGUAAUAAAAGACCUUAAGGGUUCUGAUUACUCUUGGUCGUACCAGACUCCCCCCUCCUCUCCCAGCAGCUCCGGAUCCAGGAAAAGUAGCAUGUGCAGCAGUGUAAACAGCGCCCAUAGUAGUGCCUCUCGAUCCUCUGGUGGCUCUCAGACUCACUCACCCAGUUCGUCCUGUCGCUACCGCAGCCUGGCCCAACCGCUAACAACCGCUGCACACCGCCUCAGCAGCGUCUCCUCCCACGACUCCGGCUUCAUCUCCCAGGACGCCAACGUCUACUCCAAACCCCCAUCACCCAUGCCCUCUGAUAUAACCAGCCAGAAGUCAUCAAGUUCAGCGUCCUCAGAAGCAUCUGAGACCUGCCAGUCAGUUAGUGAGUGUAGCUCUCCAACCACAUUUGGCUCGUCCUUCGCUACCUUCCGCCCUGCUCUCUCUCACACUGGCUCCAUCAGGCCUUUCUCUGUCAUACUUCCUGCGUCCCCACCCUAUAACCGCUCCCCUGGAUCCAACACACCCUCUCCCACAUCCAAGGUUCCUUGCUGGAAGGACUGGUCCAAGGUAGGUUCCAGUGAGCAGCCGUUGGCCAGCAUGCUUCAAAGGAGGAAGGAGCCUCUUGAUAGGCUGAGGGAGGCAGAAACCUCUCCUCAGUCACAGGGGUAUUCUGGGAUGCAUUCGGAAGACCCCCAGAGGCCAAGGAUGACCCCGGCUACUAUAGCUGCCAAGCAUGGUGAGGAGGUCUCUCCAGCUGCUAGUGAUCUGGCCAUGGUUCUGACGCGAGGCCUCAGCAUGGAGCAGCAGAAGAGCAGCCGAGACUCCCUUCAGUACUCGAGUGGAUACAGCACUCAGACAACUACUCCCUCCUGCUCAGAAGAUACCAUCCCCUCACAGGGCUCCGAUUAUGAUGGUUACUCAGUGAAUGGAGACACUGAGGCCGACGGUCAGGCUGAAUUCGACAAAUCCUCCACAAUUCCUCGCCACAGUAAUAUCGCACAGAACUACCGGCGCAUGAUACAGACUAAGCGUCCCGCCAGCACAGCAGGCCUGCCCAGCGGAGUGGGCGCUCUGGGCGGACCACCCGGCGGAGGCGGAGGCACGGCCACCAUUCGCCGAACACCAUCUACAAAGCCCGGGGUGAGGCGCACCCUCUCUAAUGCUGGCCCUAUUCCUAUACGCCCACCCAUCGUGCCAGUCAAGACCCCCACUGUGCCUGAUUCACCCGGCGGGACCGCAGGCCCUCCCGCCCGUGUGGGCAGCGAAGAAUGUGUAUUUUAUGUGCCGGAUGACGCCUCCCCGGGAGCGCUGGAGUACGUGAAGGCCUCUCCAAAGCGGCUUAGCCUGCCCAACACAGCCUGGGGUUCAGGGGGCGUGGGCGGCUUAGAGAUGAGCGUGUACGGCCAACCGGGAGAAGAAGAUCACCUGCUGGCUGCAAACCGCCACAGUCUGGUGGAGAAGAUCGGGGAGCUGGUGGCCAGCGCUCACGCCUUAGGUGAGGGCCAGUUCCCCUUCCCCUUGCUUCCGAAUCAGCCCCCGCCGGGCCCCGUGGCCGAGCCGGACCCUGAAGCGGAGGGUGAGGACAUGCUGAGGUCUAUUCGUCGAGGGGUGCGACUGCGCAAAACCGUCUCCAACGAUCGCUCAGCGCCCCGGAUUUUGUGAUGCCUCCUGGAGAGAUGGGAGAAUAAGAGCGAAGUAACCCAGAAAAAAAAAACUUCACAAUGACUCUCUUUAGAAAGCGAGCUAUGAAAAAGAGGAUUAAAAAAUUAAAUGUUUAAAAGUCAUUAUAGAAAUAAUGAAUAACAGUAAUGAAAAAAAGUAAAUGAUAUGUAACAGCAGGCUCAGGCCACUAUAACUCUUAGCGUGUCCGAACGCAUGUUUGUCUUAUUAACACGCCCAUCACUGCGGGAUAGUUGAACUGUAGUGAGACAAUUAACUAAUGAAAGAACAAGUGGCCAGGAUGUUUGGGGGAUUUUUGUGGUCCGCUCCAGAUCUUCGCAUGGUCCCCCUAGAAUAACGGCCCUCCUCAAACUAUGGACCCCAGGAAUCAGUGCUGGAGAAGCUCAUGGGGUACGCAGGUUCUCUUUGAAAAUCCUUGCUCUCUCUAACCCCACCCUCACCUCCAGUAAAUU